AUGUCCCAGCACUACAAGAACUUCCUGAGCCUUUUGGAACGGUGGCCGGUCGACAAGAGUAAGGUGGGCCGCGACUUGGGACAGUAUCUGCGCGAUCAGCUGACGGUCGUGCUGGGCUCCUCGAACAUUGUCGCCGUCAAGGACGAUCGUCUUCAGCGGCAGUUCCACUCGCUGGAAAAUAUUGUCAACGACGUACACGCGAACCGGUACCCGCGCACCCUUAAAUCGACCGCCACCGGGCUGACCGGGGAACAGUGCCGUGAAGUGUUGUCCACCGAGUUCCUAGAGAUUAUACAGAAGAAGAAAGAAUAGACGGGGGGUGCACGAUGGUGUGGCACGGUUUAGGAGGGGCAGUGGCAGUAGUAGCGAUAGUAGGACGAACUAGUUUAGGUAGAGCAAAGGGCAUCGCGCGAAGAUGCUACUCGGCGGUAGCAACCGGUGCCAAAGCGCCCCUUCACCGGGCCGUGAUGGCAACGGAAACGGUAAAGUUUUUUGAGCCACAGCGCGACCAGGUGUUUAUCGAUAUGACGUUCGGUGCGGGCGGUCACACGCGUGCCCUGCUCGAGGCCGCACCCGGCUCGACGGUGGUCGCCCUCGACCGUGAUCCACUCGCGCACCGGUUGGCGUGUGAAAUGGCGGCGCAGUUUCCCGGCCGCAUCGUACCGCUGUUGGGUCGAUUUUCCGAACUUCCGGCCCUGUUGCGCACGGUCGAGGGGCUUGAUCGGCAGCGGCAUUUCGACGGUGUGCUGUUCGACUUCGGCUGCUCCUCGAUGCAGUUCGAUGAAGCGGCCCGUGGCUUUUCCAUCUCGCACGAUGGGCCGCUCGAUAUGCGCAUGGACCGGGACCGCUGUCCCGAGCAGCUGUCCGCGGCCGAGGUGCUCGCACGCAUCCAGGAACCGGAUCUCGUGCGCAUCCUCAAGGUGUACGGGGAGGAAAAGCAGGCGAAAAAGAUUGCCCGCGCGAUCGUGAAUGCACGGUUCACGGUGAAGCGCAUCGAAACGACGGCCGAGCUGGCGAACAUUGUGGCGCACUGUCUGAGCCAGGGCGAGUCGGCCGGCGGGCAGGGUACGUACGACUUCCGCCAGGACAAACUGCGCCGGCCAGCGCACGUGGCGACGAAAACGUUCCAAGCGCUG